UCGCCAUUUUGUACUGCUGCUGCGCCGGGUAUUUAUCAGAAGAGUCGUGACUAUCCCGUUUACACUGCUAGUUAGUUGAUCAGACGGUUCCUGGUGUACUCAGUUUUUCAUUUCAAUCCUGUGGCCUUCAGUUGGUUUCGCAAAGUGCGAUUCUUGAGUCGACAUUAAUAAUUAAUUUAGUAUAUUUUUAUAUUUUGUGAGAAAGAAUGUCGGCCGAAAGCCCCGAAUACUCUCCUUUCUUCGCAGUGAUGGGAGCCUCUGCGGCUAUGGUGUUCAGCGCCUUGGGAGCAGCUUAUGGCACAGCUAAGAGCGGUACGGGGAUUGCCGCCAUGUCCGUGAUGAGGCCGGAGCUCAUCAUGAAGUCAAUUAUCCCCGUGGUCAUGGCGGGUAUCAUAGCCAUCUACGGCCUGGUAGUAGCAGUGUUGAUUGCCAACAACAUCUCAGAGAAGGUCACCCUCUACAAGAGUUUCCUCCAUCUGGGAGCUGGGCUGAGCGUGGGCCUCAGCGGGCUGGCAGCAGGCUUCGCAAUUGGCAUUGUGGGCGACGCAGGUGUGAGGGGCACAGCUCAACAGCCGAGGCUUUUUGUGGGCAUGAUCCUCAUUUUGAUUUUCGCCGAGGUCUUGGGUCUCUACGGGCUCAUUGUUGCCCUCAUUCUCUCCACGAAAUAAACGCCCAAACAUCUCCA